CAGCAAGAUGUAUGAGAUGCUACCACUGAUCACCAUACUCUAAACAAGUUUGCUGUCACUGUAGUGGUCCUACAUCAUUCUCACGUCGUGGACCCUUUGCAGUAAAAUGUCGAAGGAAAUCGAACCCACCGUGCAGGACUACGAUGGCACCAAUAGCCCUGCGCCACGGAAACCUCAGAGGACGUGGAAGAGCUACGUCUGGGAUUCUCUCGACAAGUCACCUGAGGAACGACGAUUCUUGUUCAAGCUCGACCUGGGCUUGGUCACCUUUAGUUGUCUGGGGUACUUUAUCAAGUUCCUCGAUCAGUCAAACCUGAACAAUGCAUUCGUGUCCGGAAUGAAGGAAGAUCUUUCGAUGCUAGGCAACCAGUAUAACUACACUACCACACUUUGGACAGUGGGUUACAUCCUCGGCGAGAUCCCAAGCAACAUCCUACUUACCAAGAUACGGCCUUCGAUAUUCAUCCCUAGCUGCCAGAUUGUCUGGACUGUGCUCACUAUGUGCCUGGCGCGGGUCAACACUGUCCAUCAGCUCUAUGCUCUCCGGUUCCUCAUCGGUCUAGCCGAAGCGGGCUUCUUUCCGGGUAUCUUAUAUAUGUUUGGAUCGUGGUAUGGUAAGGACGAGAUUGCCAAGCGGUCUUGUAUCUUCCACGUUACAGGAGCAAUAGCGACCAUGUUUUCAGGGUACCUCAUGACGGCGGUGAUUGGUCUAGGAGGAAAGGGUGGUCUGAAAGGCUGGCAAUGGCUUUUCAUCAUGGACGGGAUCAUUUCUCUUCCCAUCGCUUUCGCCAGCUUUUUCAUGUUGCCAGACUUUCCCCAUAAUACUCGUGCAUGGUAUCUGAAUGAGAGCGAUGUGACAUUGAGCAGAAAGAGGAUGGAGCUCGUAGGGCGUGCACAGAGGCAGCCGUACACAAAGGCAAAAGUCCUCAAGAUUUUCACAAGAUGGCACAUCUGGGUUCUACCGCUCAUGACGAUGCAAGUGUACCUCUUUGGUGGAGGUGCAGGAGGCGUUGGUCAGCCGAUCUUUGCAUUCUAUCUCAAAGCCCACAAAAACCCCAAAUACACGGUUGCUCAGAUCAACGACUAUCCGACCACCACCUCUGCUGUACAAGUCUUCGCUACGCUGCUGUAUGCAUACAUCUCUGAUGGCCCCCUAAAUGGAGCAAGGUGGCCGGUCAUGCUGUUUUCAGCGACUCUCAGCACAGUCUUUUGGAUUUCGCUUGCGAUUUGGAACAUCUCUGAGGGUUGGAGGUGGGCAUGUUAUAUUCUAGUGGGACAGGUUCUUGCCCUUGUGCCACUCACCCUGACGUGGGCCAACGAGAUUUGUUCAGAUGAUAACGAGGAGCGUGCUCUUGUUGUCGCUGCAAUCAACGACUGGCAGUAUGUUAUCGGAGCUUGGCUACCUCUUAUCAUCUGGCAACAAACCGAUGCUCCAAGAUAUAAGAAAGGGAUGCCCACCGCGGUGGUGUUUAGCUUUAUCGUCAUCGGUUUGAUCCUGAUCAUCAAAUCUCUAGCAGAUAGAGACCAGAAAAAGUGAGUACCCACGAAGGAGUUUGCUAUGAGCAAGCAACUUGGCUGAUACUAGGUGCAGGAAACAAAACGCACGCUAUCAGCUUGAGACUGGGUUGUCUCAUAGCUCGCCAGAUUCCGAGGUCGCGGGGGAAAGUAAGUAGAUGUGAGGCUGGCUUGUCACGCACAUUCAUUGAAGCCGCAAUAAGUCGAUGCUCUGAGUUUGUUGAGGUCACAGAUUUUUAUACCUGGAUUUUUCGUCAGACAUUAUGAAUGUGCUAUUUCUGAGGCACUCUUGGAUGGGAGAUGGCGAGCUGUUGC